GGCGGGACCAAACAGGAGGAUAUGGUUCUCCCAUCAUGGCGGGAUGCAUGAAAAUGAGAAACGGUUUAUCGUCUUUAUUCAUGAUUUCUAUAGGUUUGCUGCUCAUUUAUUCACCCAAAACCUCCGGACAACGGGAGGCAGUCACAGGGAACAACAAGCUCCCCGUUACUGACCUCCGGGACGGAGAGGAGGCCGUCAUGUCCGGGUCCAACAGGUUCUGUUACAAAAACUCUGUGGUGCCGACCUGGAGGCAAACAUGGACCAGAAUCCAGGUCCUAUCUUACAGCCUCUUCUAACAGUUCCUCGUGCUGCAGCUCUGUCGAGCAGAUCUAUAAUGCCUGCGUGUUUCCGGCAGGUGAAGGUGUGGAGUUCAAACGUGUUCAAGGUGCAGAUGGCGGAGGGUGAGGAGGAGCUGCAGGAGCUCGAGCGCUUCAGCGUCUGGAGCUGGAUGCAGAGUCUGUUACGAGAGCGGCAGAACGAGACCACCAUCAACAUCGGUCUGUUCAGCAAGAAGACGUGCUUCAAAAUCGACCCGGCGGACAAAACCAAGUUCACCGUCAAAGCUAUUAGAAAGUUUGACAUUUAUCUGUUUGUGGUUUUCUUCGCUGGAGCGUUGUUGUUCCUCUUUGCAGAUUCACUCAGCAGGAGUCAAGUGUUCUUCUACUCAGCUGGAAUGAGCACCGGGAUGAUCGCCUCACUCAUCAUCGUCUUUUUUGUUCUGGCUCGUUUUCUGCCGAGGAAAAGCCCGUUUUAUGUCCUGAUUGUCGGCGGCUGGUCGUUUUCUCUGUACGCCAUCCAGCUGGUGGGCAGGAACCUUCAAACCAUUCUGAGGGAACACUGGAACGUGGCGCUAGGUUACGUGUCGGUGGUGGGCUUCAUCACCUUCGCCGUGUGUUACCGGUACGGCCCCCUGGUGGACGAGAAGAGCAUCAAUAUCCUGUCGUGGACGCUGCAGCUGUUCGGCCUGCUCCUGGUCUACCUCGGGAUCCAGAUCCAGCAUGUGGCCUUCGCCGUCAUCGGGGCGGCGGUGAUCUCCAAACACCUGGAGCACCCGCUCAGACUCACCGCGUCCGCCUGCAGGCGCCUCAGAAAGGUUGUGCGCUGGAAGCCGGAGCCUCGGCGCCUGCUGACGGAGGAGGAGUACCAGAGGGAGGCGGAGGAGGAGACCCGCCGAGCUCUGGAGGACCUGAGGAAGCGCUGCAGCAGCCCGGAGUUCAGCCCCUGGAAGACCGUGUCCCGGCUGCAGUCCCCCAAAAGGUUUGCAGACUUCAUCGAGGGCUCUCCUCACCUGGUCUCCAACGAGGUGUCGAUGCACGCUCAGGAGUACGGCUUCGGAGGAUCCUUCUUCGAGGAAGAGUUCUUCGACACGGACGACGAGGAAGACGAUGAGAAACCUCUGAAGUUACCGGAGUGAGACGACGCUUUGUGAAGAGACGAUUUAAGUAUUGCCUUUCAGGAGUGAAGAACCACCAGAGAGCCGCUCUGCGUGAGCUCAGGUCCGCAGCGAGGAGGAGAAAUGGAUCGAGGUUUCCAGAGAAAUCAAGGACGGUGGUGAGAGCUAGAGACUAAGUGAUGUAGCUUUAAAAAGUAAAGCAAACUCUUUGUUUUUAGGGAGUUUUGUCGGUGAUCGGGAGCCGUUUUAUUUUAGGUCAAAGCAAAUUUUUUUACUGUGUGACGGUGGCUCUAACAGGAGAGUGAAUGGAAACUCUUAAGGGAAUAAAAAGAGAGAUUUCUUUUCAUCACAGAAAAAUGUUUUCAAUGGGGAAAAAUUCUGCUCUGUUUUUCUGAAAAAUCCCCAAAAGAAGGUUGCCUGAUUUUUGUGGAAGUCCCGCCUCGUUAGUUCAACCAGGUUUCCAGCUGUUGUCCCUUGAGUCACUCAGUCAGAGCCUGAGAAACUAAGACAAUAACUUGUAUUAAGACUCAAUUAUCUUCCCAAAAAAUGGAUCAAAUGUAGUGCAUGAGAAGGACCCCUCUCUCAGACUGAAUAUGUGCGCACCUUCAUUCAUUACAAGAACACCUGCGGUUAAUAAUGCGCCAUAAAAGUCCUCUGUUUUGCAUUUCUCCUCUGACUGCUUAUUAGUUUUAUUGAACAUUUGACCAGAAAACCAACAGAUAGUUACGUUUACAACUAUAUCGCAGUCUUUUAUUUAGUAUUUAUUACGCAUUAUUAGCACAACAGGACUUUGUGCCGCUCGGUCGAAGUCUCCCAUUAAUUCAGAAAGCAGCAGAGUUUCUUCCGAUGCUUUCCUUUGAGAUCCUGAUCUGGGUUUCUUAUAAAUGCAUGAGGCUGUUUGAGUUCAGAGUGUCUGACUGCACAAACAGAAGUUUGGUCACGUUUGUUUCAAACACAGGAAGUGUAAAGUAUUUUGAAUAAAAACAUAUGUGCUUGA